UAGUUGUUUUUGUUGUUAGAAGCUUCUGUUCACCUUUGGGUCAGUUGCUUUCCUAGUAGCUUAUUUUCUAAGUGUGUCAUGGGAUUUUAUUCUGGAUUUGCUUGGAUGGGAGGGGAAUUUCAAUGAGAAACCUGUAAUUCAUUAAUUUGGAUUGUUUACGUCACUGGCCCUUUCUUUGUCCAAUACCUGCGCUGGCUUGAUUAUCCUCAGGACUCUUGGUUCAGUGUCAUGAAUUUGUGUCAACCUGGCAGCCUAUCCUACCUUACUUUCUGCCUACCUUGCCCAGAAAUAGUCUUACAUGGAGCCUGUCACAAUCAGUGGCCAGAAAUGGGGCGAAGUUUUGCUUUGGAAGUCCAGAAAGGUUUUCUUCACUGUACUAAGAUAGGUGAACUGUUCUUCCAGAGGGAAGUCUUUGAACACCUGGAGGGACCGAAUUGCAGAGGAAAGGAAGGAUGAAGCUGAAAAUAUGUCUGCCACUUGCUCUCCACCAUAUGACAAGGACAACAGUGCUCUUCUGGCUUUCAGAGGAAUUCCUAUCUCAGAGUUGAAGAACCAUGGUGUCCUCCAGGCCCUUACAACCAAAGCUAAUGGAUGGCAGCCAGGCGUUGUAAGUACAGAGGUGCUCAAAGCCCAAGAAGAAUGGGAGGCCGUGGACAAUAUCCUGCCAGAGACAGGAAAUCAGACAAGCUCAGACCAGCCUGGACAGCUGAUCUCCUUCAGUGAGGCGCUACAGCAUUUCCAGACAGUGGACCUCUCCUCCUUCAAGAAAAGAAUCCAGCCAACUAUUCGAAGGACCGGGCUUGCUGCCCUCCGGCACCGCCUCUUCGGGCCUCCCAAGCUCCAUCAGGGCCUCUGUGAGGAAAGGGACUUGGUCCUGACCAUUGCUCAGUGUGGCCUGGAUAGCCAAGACCCAAUGCAUGGCCGAGUCCUCCAGACCAUCUACAAGAAGCUGACUGGCUCCAAGUUUGACUGUGCCCUCCAUGGAGACCACUGGGAAGAUCUGGGCUUUCAAGGAGCAAAUCCAGGCACAGAUCUGAGAGGGGCAGGCUUCCUUGCCCUCCUGCAUCUGCUGUACCUGGUGAUGGACUCAAAGACUUUACUGAUGGCCAAGGAGAUUUUCCGCCUAUCUCACCACCAUAUCCAGCAAUUCCCUUUCUGUUUGAUGUCUGUGAAUAUCACCCGCAUCGCAAUCCAGGCCUUAAGGGAAGAGUGUCUUUCCAGGGAGUGUAAUCGGCAGCAGAAGGUGAUCCCGGUGGUGAACAGCUUCUACGCCGCCACUUUCCUCCGUCUGGCACAUGUCUGGAGGACACAGCAGAAGACCAUCUCCGACUCAGGCUUUGUCCUCAAAGACUUGGAAGUGUUGGCCAAGAAGAGCCCAAGACGGCUGCUUAAAACCCUGGAGAUCUACUUGGCUGGAGUAUCAAAGGGACAAGCCUCCUUGUUAGGCGCACAGAAGAGCAAUGGGCCACAAGCCUCUCACUCCAAGGACCUCACGUUCACAGGUGUGUGCGACCUGCUGCCACACUCAUCGGAGGGCACACGGCUGAUAUGACCAACCCCAGAGGCUGACUGAUAGACGUAAAGGCUGGACCACUGGGGCUUUCAGAAGGCACAGGACAAACCAUCUCAGGAGUACCCUGGCUGGGCCAACUCCCUUCCUGUCUCAGCAGAAGGGACAUAGGACAUAGGGACCAUAGUCUGGGGAGCCACGGACCCUUAUACACAAGACAUUGGGGGUGGUGACCUGAUCCACUCCCCACAGUCUUGCUUCCAGAGCAAGGAGAAUUUUGCCCUAAUCUUAGUUGGACUGUAGCUUACAGAGUUGCCUUCCAGGACCUCUCAAUAAGCAAGUGGAUCAUGCCCCCUCCCCCGGGUGUUGCAUAUAUCCCUAUGUUGAAGGAUAUUUCCAAGUAAAGGCGCCAGAAUUCUGACUCCCUGGGCAGCAGGGCUGUCAGGCCCCAGAUGUCUAUAGGACAGUCUAUGUAUUUAGAAAUUAAAAGAAGGCAGUAGAGGCAGCAACCAGCAGGGGGCAGCAUCAACCAGAGCAAGCCAACUGAGACUGCAGCUGAGCCUGCCUUCUCCAUCCACAGGGCCAGCAUCAGGAUCCCAUCCCACCUUGUGUUUAUCCCACCUUCACCUCUCACCAGUCCUCCUGCCCCAUGGAAGUUGUGCAUUUCCCCUUAGGGUUUCUGGCCUGCUUGAGGGAAAGCAGAUAUGCACACACCAGCAGUUUUUGAAUAAAAUUGUAUUGGGUUAAAGAUCUUAAGUAUUUGCCUCCAAGACAAG